AUGAAGACUGCUGUUUUGGCGAGCGCUCUGGCAGCUGCCGGCCUUCUUGUGGGCUCCGCGAGCGGGCGUCCUCUUUACCACAAGCGCGAACUCGUCACCAAAGUUUUGUAUGUGACUGAGGUGGUCGCCGAAGUUGUUAUCUAUGUGGAUGAAGGGGGUGCGGCCUUUUCAACCUCAACUUCCGUUAAGGUCCCUGUCAUGGCUAUGUCUUCGGUCCUGUCUUCAAGCACUUCUCAGACCGCUCUGCCAAAGACGACCCCCUCUUCAAUUUCUUCUGUCGUAUCUACUUCGGCUUCACUGACACCAGCUGUCGCCCCCGAGUCUUCUUCUGCGGCACCCGUCACCACUGAAGCAUUGGAGCCUGCGGCCCAAUCCUCGCCCGUAUCAGAAUCUCCCUCAUCUCUGGUCGAACCUUCUUCACCCCUAUCACGUCCUCCUCCGGCGGAACCAUAUUUGCCCCCAGCUGCGGCGCCCUCUCCUCCAGCGGAACAGUUCCUUCCUCCAGCUGACCCAACUUCCCCCCCGGCUGCAGCACCUGCCCCAACCGACAAUGUCAGUGCGGGCAGCCUACCUAUGGGUAUAACCUGGGAUGUCUACACUGGCUCAUCGGAAUGCAAGUCGGAAGCUGAAAUCGCGAGCGAAUUUAGUAGGAUGAAAGACUUCAAGGCGAUUCGCUUAUACGGCAUGGACUGCAAUCAGAUCUCCCUUGGUAUCCAGAAUGCGCUUAAGCACGGCCAGAAGCUCAUGGGUGGUGCAUAUAUGGAUGCGGGUGGUAGCGGUGAAGACGUCAGCGAGGUUAUUCAAGCUUACAAGGAUGCUAUCGACCAGCACGCCGGCGGCAACUGGGACGUCAUACAGCUCUUCACAGUGGAGAACGAACGUGUAAACGAGGGUAGGAUGACUGCAGCGCAGGUCGUCGAUGCAAUUGGUAGAGCGCGUACCCAGUUACGACAGCUUGGCUACAACGGCCCUGUGGGCGCUGUCGAGACGGCGCCAGCUACCAUUAACAACCCGUCUAUCUGCGAAGCCUCCGACGUGGUCAUGGUCAACAUCCACGCCUUCUUUGACAAGCACACACACGCAGUGGAUGCGGGUCCCUUUGUCAAGAGCCAAGUCGAACUUGUACAGUCUGCCUGCAACAAUAAGCGUGUUGUCGUCACCGAGUCGGGUUGGCCUCGCCAGGGUAGCCCCAAUGGUGAAGCUAUCCCCUCAGUAGAGAAUCAGCGCGUUGCUCUUCAGUCAAUCCGCGAAUCUUUCAGUGGCGACAUGUUUCUCUUCAGCGCCUUUGAUUCCAGCUGGAAGGUCAACACGGCAUCUACCUUCAACGCCGAGCGUUUCUGGGGCGUCAUCCAAUAGGUGUCUUGGUGACAUAAGUGUUUCAGUAUGGGAUAUCGUGGAGAUGAGUCUACAUCUCCUCAUCAUUUGGCUGU